AUGGAAGCAUCGAGACGUCGAUCGCUCGUCGGGAACAACCGGAAGAGCAAGCGAGCUCUGGUGGAGAAGAUGAACGAAGAAAAAGACGACGAUGAUGUUGAGGCGGCGGAUGAUGAGGAGUUUGAAGACGUGGAGGCGUGGGAUACGCUGAGUAAUGGCUUCAAGCGUGCGCAGCUCGUUCUUGAUCAGAAUCGUGAUCUGAUCCAACGCGUCAACGACAACCACGUGUCCCGAAUCCCAGAUAACGUCGCAAGAAACGUUGGCUUGAUUAACGAAAUCAACGGUAAUAUCUCGAGAGUUAUGGAGAUUUACUCCGAUUUAGCCGUCGAUUUCACCAAAAAAGUUCAUGAGCGGCGGAGGUCGGCCAAGAAUAGCGACACUUUGACUUCCACCACCGGUUGCUACGGCGGUGGACGGAGCUCUCGCGGUUCUUGA